AUGGAACACAAUAAGACCAGCCAAAAGCUCUCUGACGAAGUGCUUGAAUGGCUGCCCCAGACAGAUAUAUGCAAAGCCUCUUUGGAUCUGGCCCAGCGAGCGCUUCCCGAGCCCAUUCUUAAUCACGUUAUACGAACAUUUCUCCUCGCUCGGUGGCUUUCAGAGAAGGAGGGGAGCGAAUGGAGUCAGCCAAACAACCUCACACUAUUAUAUGUCGCCAGCAUUUGUCACGACCUUGGUGCCAGCGAUCUAUAUAACGGGAGCCAACGAUUUGAAGUUGAGGGCGCGGAUGCUGCGAAGACUCAUCUAUUAUCGCAUGGUAUGUCAGAAGAGUCGAGCCAUCAAGUCUGGAUCGCAAUUGCGCUACACACCACUGCAGGUAUUGCUGAGCGUAUCUAUCCGCUAUCCCGCCUGGUGCGAUAUGGAGUCAUGAUGGACUUCUCACCGGCUACCCGCCAGGCCAUGGGGGCCGUCGAAUACUCGUCGGAGAUUGAGAAGCACCUACCACGGCUUAAUAUUGAGAAGGUCCUCGGCGAUGCAGUUGUGGGUCAAGCAGAACACAUCGACCAAUCUGCGCGCUCCACUUUACCCAACACCAAGAAGCAUCCUAAGGCAAGCUGGCCAGGUAUACUUCUGCGAGCACACCUGGAAAACCCACAUCAAGAUGGCGUCAAUCCAGCCUUUUAG